AUGAUGUUAAUGAAGCUUUGCCCUAACCUUGAUAACCAAGAUGGCCUGGAAACCGUCUUGGAAGUGCCUAUACCCGAAGAAAUGUACACCAAAAUGGGCAGCAACGCGAUUUUGCGAUGGCAAAACUUGUGUAAUUUCAUGAAAGCUCAAUCAGCUUUCUGUAACUCCUCCUAUCUCCAAGCCAGUUCCGACAACGAGUUCUUGACAUUGCUUAAGAUUGUCGGAACUCCCCUAGUCCCUUUCCGUGUCGAUUUAGAGAAUUACAUGCAUUCAAAUCCCAUCCAAGAUUCUUCCAUCGAAGCUUCCACAGCGAAAUACAUAAUACAGCAGUUCGUAGCCGCUACGGGGGGACAUCUGGCAUUGAGAUCCAUUAGAAACAUGUAUGCAGUGGGGCAAGUGCAAUUGCAGGGUUCAGAGACGCUGCAGGGUAAUAGUAGCGUGCAAACAAGAGUCAAUUGUGAGUUUGGGGGGUUCGUAUUAUUGCAGAAGAACCCAGAUUUGUGGUAUUUAGAACUUGUUGUGUCGGGUUUCAAAGUUAGUGCUGGGUGUGAUGGUAAGGUUGCUUGGAACCAGUCAUCUUCACAACCUGGUCAUGCACAUAGAGGGCCCCCUCGUCCCCUACGUCGAUUCUCCCAGGGAUUGGACCCUAGAUGCACGGCGAGCUUAUUCAUAAAUGCGGUUUGCAUAGGAGAGCAGGUUAUCGACAACGAAGACUGUUUCAUUCUCAUGCUCGAAACGGAUUCAAAGGCCCUCAAGGCUCAAAGUUCAUCCCAAGCAGAAAUAAUCCAUCACACCGUCCGGGGAUAUUUCAGCCAAAGAACGGGGCUUCUCACCAAAUUCGAGGACAAGAAGCUGGUAAGGAUGAAGACUACCGUUGGAAACGACGUGUUUUGGGAGACCAGCGUGGAAUCCCUGAUCCAAGAUUACAAAUACGUCGAUGGGAUCAACAUAGCGCAUGGCGGAAACACCAUUACGACGCUUUACCGGUACGGGAAGUCCCACAAGCACAAGCGGAAGAUCGAAGAAACUUGGACGAUCGACGAGGUUGAUUUCAACAUUUGUGGGUUAUGCACUGAGACUUUUCUGCCUCCGGCUGAUCUCAAGAGGGAGCAAGAAUAACAUUGACGAAGUUAAAAGAUGAAAGAACAACAACUAAUGUACAUAGGGAAUUAUUCUUUUUUUGAGAAUCACUUCAUUCUUUCAAAGCUAAUUUGUUAAACUUUGAAAGAGAGACACGUUGUUGUUUGGAUAUAGGUACACAACCAAAUUGCUUUCAAUUGCAGUUCAUCAAACAGGCUUACUCGUUCAGCUCAAUGAUGACGGUUUUCUGGGAAAUUAAUAAAUAUGCAUGGAAUCAUGGAGUCAGAAAGGGAAGGUUACAGAAAAAACUGCAGGCUAAACUUAGGCAUGGGAGGUGGAAGUUGAUCUUUGAUAUUGAUGGUCCAUGGAUUGUCAAUGACGAACUUUCAGCCUUCUGCCUCUGACCAAUUGUGGAUUA